AAUUCGCAGUCAUCACUCUGCACUCAUUGCAUUCACACUUCCGAUCUCGUCCCAGCCUGUUGGCAUUGCCCGUCCGAAGUAGUCGCGAUGGCAGCACGGGUCUGCAGCAAGCACGUCAGUGCACUGUUGCGUGCUCGAACGUCCACUGGAGUUCCGCGAAGAUGCUAUGCGUCGGCUGCUACAGCACCUUCCACUCUGCCAGCGGGGCAGAGGCAGGCCAUUGAGAGAGAGGCAUCGCUCCGCACACCAGAUCCAGCCGCCGAUUCUCAGACUGCCCGCCUCGUCGAAUCUCAUGCGCCAUUUAUGGUCCCCACAUAUGUCCGACCCCCUCCAGUCUUCCAUAAGGGCGAAGGAUGCUAUAUAUGGGACAUUGAGAACAGGCAGUACUUGGACUUCACUGCCGGUAUUGCUGUCAAUGCCUUGGGACACUGCGACCCGCAGGUGAGCAAGAUUCUGUAUGAGCAGUCUAAGACAUUGGUGCACAGCUCCAAUCUGUACUACAACCCAUGGACCGGAGCACUCAGUCAAUUGCUGGUUGAGAAGACACGAGAGGGUGGCGGCUUCGACGCUGCGCGAGUCUUUGUGUGCAACUCGGGAAGUGAAGCAAAUGAAGCCGCGAUCAAGUUUGCGAGGAAGUACGGAAAGAGCGUACAGCCAGAUGGCAGCAAGUAUGAGUUGGUGAGCUUCCAGGGCUCGUUCCAUGGGCGAACAAUGGGGUCAUUGUCUGCCACCCCCAACCCAAAAUACCAGAAGCCGUUCUCCCCAAUGAUUCCCGGCUUCAAGUACGGCACAUACAACGACAUUGCAGGCAUCAAUGACCUUGUGACGGAGAAGACUUGUGGCGUGAUCAUUGAACCUAUUCAAGGCGAGGGAGGUGUCAAUGUUGCUACACAAGAGUUCCUUCUGGCUCUGCGCAAACGCUGCACAGAGGUCGGCGCAGUUCUGAUCCAUGAUGAGAUCCAAUGUGGCCUGUCACGAACAGGUAAGCUUUGGGCCCACGCUGCACUACCGAAGGAGGCGCAUCCCGAUAUUGUCACCACCGCGAAGGCGCUUGGUAACGGCUUCCCCAUUGGCGCCACUCUGGUCACAGAAGAUGUUUCGAGCAAAAUUGUGACAGGAGACCAUGGCACAACAUACGGUGGAAACCCGCUCGGAUGUCGCCUAGCACACAACAUUGUCACACGACUCUCCGACCCGGAACUACAGAAAGAUGUUCUGAAGAGGGAGGCGCGAUUCCGACAGCACUUUGUGCGCAUUCACGAAGCUUUCCCGGAUGUCGUGCAGGAGGUCAGAGGCCGGGGUCUGAUCCUGGGUCUUCAACUGAGUGCUGACCCAACACCUGUGAUCACAGCUGCUCGGGAAAGAGGCCUGCUUGUGAUUACAUGUGGUACAAAUACCUUACGUUUCGUCCCUCCUUUAAUCAUCUCUGAUGCCGAGAUCGACGAGGGCAUGGAGAUUCUCGAGAGCGCCAUGAACGCCGUCUUCCGUGAACCAGGUCACAUUCCCGGCACUGAUGGUCAGCAAGAGAUGCGCGCAUCCAGGUGAGCAGGUCCUACUGGGAAUAUCGAAGAUAUAAUCCAAGCAUCUGCCAUGGCUGGGAUCGAUUCUUGACCGGCGCCGAGGUUACACAAGCACUUCGCCUCGAAGUCAGAUUUUCUGCAAGAUCGCACGUCACAAUCAGUCUGCGGAAAUCAGCCAGCUGCCUCAGACAUGUGGCCGCUCCUCAUGGACCUGAGCCGCAACUCAUAUUGGCGCCGCAAGUCACUACCUGGAGAAGCCUUCCGCGGCACACGCGAUCCUCAGAUCCGCCGUUGAUCCAUCAUCACAGCAUGCGGCAUAAGCAGAGUAUGCUCAUUGCGCGAUACCAAGCGCAUGAGCAUAUUCAUCAGCGCUAGGACCGGUAUGGAUGUCACACGCUCGGUGUUUUGUUAUGCGCCGGAAACGUCAUCAGGAAGAUGUCUGUCCUUUCCACGCAGUUCGAGUGCGAUGAGGGUCGUGGUGCCGCGUCGACUGUCAUCAUGGAAUCGAACGUGCUCAUUCGAGCGCGAGUUGAUUGUAACCAGCGGUCUGUAGUGUAUUGUAUAGAUUCUAGGCCUGGCACGAAUCGCCUGUGAAACACCCCG